UAAACAUAAAAAUAUAAAUAUAUAAUAAAAUGCAAUCAAUCACCACUGAAAGUCCCUAAAAACCAUCAACUGUUUCUUCAAGUAUUUCUAUUUUUGAUUAAAUCAGGUAAAUCUAUAGGGCCAUAUAGAACUGUAAUUUUAUGUUGAAUAUUUGUUUAGUUAAUUACUACUUAUGCUCCAUUUGUUUCUCAUCAAAAAAUUAGUAAAGAAGAAGAUUCUCCAAUAAAAUAAGUUCAAUAAUUUGAUACAAAUAAACUGAUUAAAUCUUCUAAGUUAAUUAAACCUAGAAGAGAGUUGAGUAAAAGUUAGUCAAAAAGUUCAGAUAAAAUUAUUAUAAAGGAUAUUAAAGAUGAAGAUCAAUAUAUAGGACCAUAUAAUGGAAAAGUGAGAGAAGGAUUUGGAAAAUCAUUUAAUGGUUAAGGUAGAUUGAUUUAUGAAGGAUAAUGGGUUAAUGAUUAACCACAUGGUAAUGGAAUAUACUAUAAUAAUGAUUUAAAUUCUUAAUUUACUAAAUAUGUAGGACAAUUCUAGGCUGGAUAAAAAUGUGGAGCUGGCAUUGAAUAUUAUAGAGAUGGUUCAAUGUACGUAGGAAAUUUUGAAUCUGAUUGUAGAAAUGGUAUGGGAUAAUUAACCAAAAAAAAUGGAGAAAAACUUAAUGGAUUGUGGUUAAAGGGUAAAUUGAUUUCUAAAAUAUGA